GCGCCCCGAAGUUCUGCGAUGGAGGGUGGCAGCCCUUACAUGGCGGGCCGGAGAAGGGUCGGCAUUGGUAGGGCCUGGGAGCCCGACUGGAGCUCUGGAGAUACAAGUUACAAACUCGGGGUGGUGCAUGCCAGCCUCUUCUCGGUUUCGCGGGCGCCCUGGCUUUAAUGGACCUGGCCGGACCGUGGGCACGGGGAUGCUACGAGUUUGCUUGCAGCAGUAGCGUUGCUCCAAAAGCAGCUGGCACCUCAGCCGUGCCCUUCUAUUUCCCAUCCCCACCCCUGGCCCUGUCCUCAGCCGCCCUCGACCUUUCGCACUCGUGACUGCCUGGCCAGCCAGCCAGCCCCGCUAGCUGGAGCAGGUUUCUGAUUUCCUGUAACCUCUUCUUGCCUCGCGCUGCCCAGGUCUUGGCGGCUGAGGCUGGCCUACCUCCCAGUCGUUCCUUCAUGGGCUUUGCUGCCCCCUUCACCAACAAGCGGAAGGCUUACUCGGAGCGUAGGAUCAUGGGGUACUCAAUGCAGGAGAUGUAUGAGGUGGUGUCCAAUGUCCAGGAGUACCGGGAGUUUGUGCCGUGGUGUAAAAAGUCACUGGUAGUAUCCAGUCGUAAGGGUCACCUGAAAGCCCAGUUGGAGGUUGGGUUUCCACCUGUCUUGGAACGUUAUACCUCUGCGGUCUCCAUGGUCAAACCACACAUGGUCAAGGCUGUUUGCACUGAUGGCAAGCUCUUUAACCACUUAGAGACUAUUUGGCGAUUCAGCCCUGGCAUUCCUGCCUACCCUCGAACCUGCACUGUGGACUUCUCGAUUUCCUUUGAAUUUCGUUCUCUGCUGCACUCCCAGCUGGCGACCAUGUUUUUUGAUGAGGUUGUCAAACAGAAUGUUGCUGCCUUUGAGCGCCGGGCAGCCACUAAGUUUGGUCCAGAAACAGCCAUCCCCCGUGAACUGAUGUUCCAUGAGGUGCACCAGACUUGAGACAAAGGAUUGUUCCCUUGCCUUCACCCCCUCUUCCCACCCAAUUUUUAUUUAUUUGGUUUGGCUCUUGCUCAGAGAGAGGUCUAAGUUUCACCUCUCACUUCUUCUUAAACUGGGCUGCAUGCUGGCUGGACGUGUGGGGAAGAUAGCACAUAUGGAAGUGAGAUACACAGCAAAGAAUGCCUUGUGCCCAUGGCCAUUUCACACCGAAUAAAAGCCAGAGCUAUGGUCUCUGGACCAGGCGGAUAUAGUAGUAACUUCCUCACACAGAGGUACUGGCUGGCAAGUAACUUUUACCCCGCUAAGAUUUCUCAGAAGAGAAAGGCAACCUGCCUCAGCUUAGGAACAUGUCCAUGCUGUCUGACAGGUAGAAAGUGAGGAGCUGCUUCACACCAGUGCCACAGAGCAGAGGAGGAGGAAGAAGGAAUUCCUUAAACAGUAUUGGAAUGUACCUUUUUCUUUCACGUGGCCUGAGUUUUUUAUAAAACUUCAAUAAAUUGUGACAGUGUGAA